AUGAAUUUUUUGUUGGAAUUUGUCACGUGUUCCAGCUCGUGCUCGCCGGAAUCUACUAUGCCGGCAACGGAGGGGGGAAGAUUAUUGUUGGUGGCGCAGAAGCGUCGCCGCCAGAAACUGGGCCGCCAGUGGCGACCCUCUCUGUCCUCCAUAUCUGAAGAUGCGCUGGCGGCAAGGAGGAUUGUUCACGAGCGGCCGGCCGCUGACUCCCGUUGUUGGCGGAGGAACUUGAAGACCAAGCUCUCGUCCAUCUCACGAACCCCUUCGUUUGAUCACGAUGACGCCCGGAGGCGAGCUCCACUGCCAGCCAUAGCGAUGGCAACCUUUUCUCCAACACCCUUCAUGUUUUGA